GAAAUGAAAUGAUGGCGAAGUGAUGCCAAUGUUGACACAGAGCAGUGUAGUAGAGUGCAUAUACUGAGAAUCAAACCGACAACUUCACCGUCGCCGCCGUGCAUCCACGCCGUCUCUAGCCUUUCCGAUCGGUCGGAAUUGGAAAAGAAGCACAGCAGUAAGGAAACGCAUGAAAAGAGCAACGAAACCACCAAACACAUGAAGGAAUCGCUACGUUGAUUAAUUUUGCCUUCUGAUCUACGGCUCUUUCCUGAGGUGUCCAUGGCGAGCGCGGCGCAGGCUUCCGGAGCUGAUGCUUUGGGCCUAAUCGAUCUCAUUGUGGCGGCGGCCCGAAACGCCACUAUGCACCGUAAGAACUGCGAGCAGCUCGCCGGCCACGUGAGGAUGAUCGGGAACUUGCUGGAGACGCUCAAAUCGACGGACCUGAUGAGCCUUUCGGCGACCAGAGAGCCUUUGGACUUGCUGGAGGAGGCGCUGAGGAGGGCGCUUGAUUUGGUGGAUGGAUGCAGAGAGAAAAGUUACCUGUACAUGCUUGCCAUGGGAUGGAACGUAGUCUAUCAGUUCCGACGGAUUCAGAACGAGAUUGAUCGGUAUCUGAAGCUGGUGCCGUUGAUCACGCUGGUCCACGAGUAUCGGAUGCAGUUACAUCAGAAUCUGGAGGACUGCUUGCAAGCAAUUGAAGAGGACCAUCAAGAAUACUCCCUUGAUAAUGAGGAUAUGAAGGUCCAGGAUGCUAUAUUGAAAAGGCACCGAACCAAGAAAGAGGCAAACAUAUUAGAGAAUUCUUUGUCUCGUCGAUACCCUGAACUUCAAUUCCAUGAGGCUCUUGAAGAGGAGAAGAAGAAGUUGCAUGUUGAGUUGCAUUGUUCCCAAGUAAAUAACGAACAGAAGGAAUGCCAAGUUAUUGAACAUCUUAUUGAAGUAACAGAAAAUGUUGUUAAUGUCCCAACUGGAAAGAAACUUUCCCCUGAUGUGCAGACUUAUGCAGGAUACAGAUGUGGAACAAAUUCCAGUCUUGGGGCUAAUGAUUUAAAACCUGAUGGUCAAGGAAAAUCUGAGUGGCAAGCUGAUCUCUUUGACUGUUGGAAGGAGCCUUGUUUAAGUUUGAAGGCCUGCUUCUAUCCCUGUGGAAUAUUUGUUAACAUAGCUGCUCUGUUGUCAGAAGGCAAAAUAUCUCGUGGGCAUACAUGCAAUGAUCUUAUGGUUUACUCCCUAUUCUGCUGCUGCUGCUGCUACACGUGUUGUACAAGAGGGAAACUGCGUAGGCUUUUUAACAUAGAGGGAGGCACAUGUGACGACUUCUUAACCCAUCUUUUGUGUUGUUGCUGCGCAAUGGUCCAGGAAUGGCAUGAGCUUGAACUGAGGGGCUUUGAAGGUUGCAAGGAAAGAAAAUUGAUUCCACCUCCAAACCAAUAUAUGAAGUCUUAAAUGUCUGCCUUGCCGCUCUAGUUUAUAUUAAAUUAAAUAUGGACAUAUAUUUAAGAGAGAGAGAGAGAGAGAGAGACGCUGAUUAACAAAGUUUGGUUUUGUCAACCAAAAUGCUUAGUACUAAAAUGUGGCCUAUACUCAUAGUCCUGGGAAUAUGAAUCAAUUUCAUUCAGAUGGAGUGUCUAGUUUGUAAAUUUUAGCUAGCAGGUUAUUUCUAUCUACAGCUGAUACUUAAUGUGCCAACAUAGCAAAAUACCGGUCGGAUUGUUCUUAUGUUUCUAGGAAAAGGUUGUUUUCAGUGCAUGGAACCAACAGUUCAGACUCACUGCCUCGUUAGAGUUGGUGAACACUUGUCUAUA